AUGACUUCGGAACUACGCCGGCUUCAAAGCUACAUAAUCAACCAGCCUGUGGAGCUGCAUGUAUUGAAGGAUAUGGCAGAUUAUUCCCUCUGUCGCUCAUCAAGCCUCGGGAUGCUUAACGUGGCAGCCAACGAGAUCGUCUGGGCUAGUAUGCAAAAGCUACUUACCUUUGUACGAUUGAUCACCCUUGAUGGCGCGGCAGUUUGUCCAUGGCACUCGCAAUCACGAUCGUUCCUGGAAAUCCACUAUUCGUAUGACGGCAACCCAGGCAGCAUAGUCGCAAGGAAUGAUGUGGACGGCCAGGAGCCACCGUUGUAUGAAAAGGAGGAAGUUGAAACACUAAGACGCAAGUCAGAUGAGCAGCAUGCUGCGCAUAAUGCCAGUCAUGAAAUUCAGGUCUCUGCCGACCGAGAUUUUAAAGAUGAGAUGAUUAAAUCAAAACAUUCGGUCUACAACAGAGGCUAUUUAUGA